CUUCCAUGCUAAACACACAGCAGGAACGGUCGGCUUUUGAAUAGAGGACACAGAAAGGGAGAGAGAGAGAGAGCAGAGCAGAGAGGGUUCCACCAUCACCGUCAUCCUUCACCGGAGAUCAGGGAAGAUGCCUCCGAGAGGCAGAGGACGCUCCAGACAGGGGAAUACCCGGAUGGACGCGGCGCUCGACGCCAUGGGAGCGAUGGGUUUCGAAGAGGGCGUGGUCAAGGCUGCUGUAAAAGAGCUCCUCAAGCUUUACACUGGGAAAGGGUGGAGAUUUAUCGAGGAUGAUUCCUACAGGGUGCUCAUUGACAAACUCCUCGAAGAACCGGAGCAACCUGAACUGCUGCAGGUACCCGAGCCCACGGGUCCAGCUGAUUAUCAGAACAGCCAAGAGGGGGUCCAUGGAGAGGACGGUCCUCUUCGCCAGGCAUAUAGGCCCUGCUAUGGGUGGAUCAAUGAAGACGAGGAAGAGGAGGCUGAGCCUCAGAUAGUCGAGCUAAAACCCAUGUCGCUCGAAAAGUUUAGGAAGCAUUGUUAUCAUCUAAUGGAAUCGCCUCAACUUCAGAAGAAGCGCAAAUCAAGGUGGGAUGUAGGGCCCUCUUGAGUAUCUCUCUGACCAUAUUCCUCUCUCUAUAUCCAUAGAUUGGCAAGAUAUAUUCCAAGGGCUAAGGAGCAUUGGUGUGUUCGUCCAUCAAUGGCGGGGGAACUGAGUCUAGACUCGCCUGGACUUGAGGAGACCUCCAUUGGAGUUUUAAUGGACUUAGAAGUUUCCAUGCUUUCUUUAUCUUUCGAGUAGUGUUUCUGCUCCGUUACUUGUGUUUGUGAUCGUCCGUGUUCUGUGUUCCGGUCGUCCUCCUCCAGAUCUGUGUACUGCUCCGUGGUUGGGGCACUUUGCACUGAAGAAACAACCAUAGUGUCUUCUUUAUGCGAUAUUAAAUGUGUGUUUUUGUGAUGUAUAUACAUCCUCAUUUUUCUUGGUGUUUUCUCGAUUCCAACUGAUGGGAUCGUGACAUUAACCAUAUUUUGAAAUCA